AUGCGUUUCGAAAACAAGCUCUUCUUGCUCACCUCUCUCUUCGGCGUCGCAACGGCUUAUCGUCGAAGCUGCAGGCCCGAUCUCACUAACGGCGGCACCGGCAACGGCUUUUACACUAUUGAAAAAACCGACACUUGGGCUGGUAUCGCGGCCGACUUUUGCACUUCUGUACUAGACCUGCAAAACAUGAAUCCUACCACCCCGACUUCCACCAACCUGAUUUUAACCGUCCCUUGCAAAACUCGCGAGCGCGACUGCGCCAGGAUCUCGGGCACUAACGACGGGUACUAUACGGUCGUCGAAGGCGACGAUUUGUCUAGUAUUUCGUCGGAUUUCUGCAUCGAUAAUUAUGGUAUAACGUUAAGAAACCGCGGGAUUUAUUCGAGCUUCGAUCUCCACCCUGGCUUGGUCAUCACGGUUCCUUGCCGUUGGAACUAG